AUGAUCGAUCUCGUGUCACUGCGAGCAAUAGCCUACGAAAAUACAGGCCGACAAAUCGCCAGUGAUAUCUUGAAGCAUCAAUUAAUAGAUGAUUAUUUUGGCCCCGGAAUUGGGCAAGCGUUUGGAACGGGAUGUACCUACUCUGCCAUAUGUCUCUCAGUGGUCGGGGCUGGCAUAGCUUUCGAAUUUCGCCCGAUGUGCGACAAAGCAGCUGCAGAUUCAAAUAAAGUUUCUUAUUCACCAAGGCUCAAACAAGAAGGGCCACAGGAGAGAUCUAAGUUCAAGUGGGUUCCUUAA